GCCACACCACGGCCACCACGUGUCCGACACGACUAGAACGCUGUUGUCUCGUCAAUUUUUAGAAUUACUAUAAGACUAAGCCCUCCCUGCUUUUAAUGUAGCCACCCAAAAAAAAAUGAAGAAUCCUUAAAUGAGGGCAGCCUUGCGCGCUGGGCUUUUUAAGUGGCCGGUUGGUGAAGAGAGAGGGGGGAGAGAUCCAAAGAUGGAAUGUUUACGAAACUGGAUGUUUGCGAGUGGGGGGGUUAUUUGCUGCUGCAUUAAUUCGUAAGUUAAUUGUGUACGCGUAACGUUCAAUUACAGGGGAGUUGAUUAACCGAUAUAAUUGCCUCUUCCGCUUGAAUAAUACAAGGGUCUUUCUCCCUCCUCCCGAUCUAUUACCCGUGGUGUGAGUAUCGUGGGACACGGUCUACAUACGCAUGCUUCGGGGACUGGUUACAUGGACUGCAUUGUUGAAAUAAGAGUGGGUGGCUUUAAUUUAUAGUCAUAGUGACGGGUGCUUUGCCAUAGUCUUCAUAGCAGCCUAUAUCAUAGCGAAUUCCACAGCCCGUGUUCGCUGCUGUGUAUAACCAUACAUCUCGCAGCGCUUCUGCAUAGCCUGCUUGCAAUAGCUCGCCCUAAUUUAGGCUUGCGCACAGCAUGCACGUCUCUGUAGCACCCACACACACACACAGCAAGCUAGGCUCAAUGCAGUACAACCCACGUGGCCAGCACCGCUAUUUAGCCGAUACACAGCGCAAUAGACGUUAGGCUGAACAACAACAACAGCAACAACAGCAGCAGCAGCAACAACAGCAGCAGUCUCGCAGUGUAGGAGGGCAGCUCCCAUCGCUGGGUUCUCAAUGCGGGAGCGGGGUUUGUGCUGCGAAUGGCUGACUUCGCAGAAGCCUUCCGCACUCGAAGCCUCAUCAGCAGUCUCAUCAUCGGCAGCGGCAGCAGCAGCGGCAGCAGCAGCAGCAGGAGAAUCGUCGGUCCACCGCCCGUGCCAUCUUCCGGAGGGAACCAAGUCGUCGCGAUGCCUUGCUUCCCAAUCAGCGCCAACAACAACAGCAGCAGCAGCAGCAAUGCCGUUGCGUCUGCCUCGACCACCACCACCGCAGCAUCAGCAUCAGCAGCUGCGGCUGCUGCUUCUUCAUCUGCGGCCACAGCCUCCUCCUCCGCCGUCACCCCGGGCGAUCUCGGCCUGGGCCACGGGGCCGUGGACUUCCCAGACGAUGCGGAGCUUGCAAGCGACCACGACGACGAAGACGACGAAGACGACGAGCUUCCCAAUUUCCUCAUCACCACCAUCCUGGACGUGAUGUCCUCCGCCGAGGACGACAUUCAAUGCAGUCCUCGGCAGCACGAUCAUCAUCAUCAUCAGCAGCAUCAUCAGCAGCAGCAUCAUCAUCAGCAGGGUGUUGUUGGUGUUGGUCGUGAUGCGUCGUGGGUCGUUGUCGAAGAGCCUCCUCCUCCUCCUGCCCCCCGCUGCAGUUCGUGUGAGUCGGGAGCGAGAGCCGCCUCCGAGUGCCUCGUGUGCCGCGAGUUGCUGUGCAGCGCCUGCGUGUCCGCACACCGGCGGGUCAAGCUCACCAAGGAUCACCGCAUGCAGCCAGUGCAGCAGCAGCAGCAGCAUCAGCAGCAGUUGCAGCAGCAGCAUCAGCAGCAGGAGGUGAUGAUGAUGGUGCCGGUUCGAGACGGGGAGCAGACGUACUGCCGACAGCACGAAAGAGAGGUGGCGCGCCUUUUCUGCGACACGUGCGCCGUGCCCAUCUGCCGUGGCUGCACGCUGGCGUGGCACGCCGGCCACAGCUUCGUGUACCUGCAGGACGCGCUGCAGGGAUCGCGCGGCGCCGCCUUGCAGCUGCUGGCAGAGGCUCGUCAGGAGCGCCUCACUCUGCAGAUCAGCAUCGAGCGGGUGCAGGCGAUGGUGAAGAGGGUGGACGCCAGGAUGGAGAACAUCCGCUCGGAGGUGCGGGCCGUGGCCGAGCGGCACAAGAAAGCGCUGGAGGAACGCGAAGGGGAACUCCUCUACAAGGUGGAGAAGGUCCACGUGGCCAAGCUCGGCGUGCUGGACCGGCAGGCCGAGGAGCUGCGGCAGAGCCUGGCUCGCCUGGACGGCACGCUGCUCUGCGUGCAGCGCUCGCUGGAGCAGGGCCGCGAGCUGGACGCGCUGAAGGCGCGCGAGCUGGUGCUGGCGCGCGUCCGCGAGCUGCAGGACAUGAAGCGCGCCGGGGCGCUGGCGCCGCGCGAGGACGACCGCGUCAUCUUCACGCCACCCGACGGGGCGCUGUGCGCGGCCCUACGUGCUCUGGGCAGCGUGAGCAGCGGGGCGUGCGCGCUGCUCUCCACGGCGGUGGGCGAGGGGCUGCAGCGAGCCGUGCGGGGCCGCGUCGCCACCUUCGCCGUGGCGCUGCAGGAUCACGGCGGGGACCCCUGCUGCGGGGGAGGGGAGACCCUCGCCGUCGCCGUCACCGCGCCCGACGGGAGCCCCUGCUGGACCGAGGUGGUGGAGCUGCAGGACGGCACGUUCCGUGUGCGCUACCGCUCAGACCAGGACAAGGAGCACCGCGUGAGCGUCACCGUGGCCGCCGCCUCCUCCUCCUCGGCCACCGCGACCCCCGGCGGCGCCGGCCCCGUGCCCCGCCGCCACCUUCCCGGCUCCCCCUUCACCGUGCCGCUGCGCGCGGGCCGCAGCUACGCCGGCGUCGGCAUCCCCCUCCGCUGCUUCGGCGGCGAGGGCGACGCGGACGGGCGGCUGUGCCGGCCCUGGGGCGUGAGCGUGGACCGCGAGGGCCGCUUCGUCGUCGCCGACCGCAGCAACAAUCGCGUGCAGGUGUUCGGCCCCGCCGGGCAGUUCCUCUUCCGCUUCGGCGCGCCCGGGGCGCGUCCCGGCCAGUUCGACCGCCCCGCCGGCGUGGCCUGCGACGACCGCCGCGACCGCAUCGUCGUCGCCGACAAGGACAACCAUCGGGUGCAGGUGUUCAGCUCGCGCGGCCGCUUCCUGCUGGCGAUCGGCGAGCGCGGCCACCUGAACGGCCAGUUCUGCUACCCGUGGGAUGUCGCGGUGAGCCCCGAGUCGGCCGGCGGCGGCCUCAUCCUCGUGUCGGACACGCGCAACCACCGGGUGCAGCUCUUCUCUCCCGACGGCACCUUCGUCAACAAGUACGGCCUGGAGGGCGGCCUGUGGCGGCACUUCGACUCGCCGCGCGGCGUCGCCUUCAUGCCCGACGGCCACCUCCUCGUCACCGACUUCAACAACCAGCGGCUGCUCGUGGUGCGGCCCGACUGCGGCUCGGCGCGUUUCCUCGGCUCGGAAGGCUCGGCCCCCGGCCAGUUCCUGCGGCCGCAGGGCGUGGCCGUGGACGCCGAGGGCCGCGUGAUCGUGGCCGACUCGCGCAACCACCGCGUGCAGAUCUUCGAGCCGGACGGCAGCUUCCUGUGCCAGUUCGGCGGGCCCGGCAGCGGCCUCGGCCAGAUGGACCGGCCGUCGGGCAUCGCGGUCACGCCCGACGGUCUCAUCGCCGUCGUCGACUUCGGGAACAACCGCGUGCUGGUGUUCUAGCUCGCCGUUGGCGCGCGGCUCCCGGUUCUGGUAACAAAACCCCCGAAUCGGCGCUCGCCACGUGACGGCUCGGCUGGGGGGGGCCGUGUCGCCCGGUUUGUCCCCACGCGAGAGUUGGUCCCUUCUCCGUAGCUCCGUUUUUAACGGUGACGUCGAAGUAACGUCGAGAGAACGAAAAAAAUUUCUUUCGACCGUCGCUCCCAACGGUUUCGUUUCACCGUCGGUUCGUGGCGUGCCCGGGGCUCCUUCACCCCCUAAAGCUGCCUUACCAUCCGCGUCGUCCGUCUUAACAAAACAACAACGCCUGUCUGUCCGUCCGUCCGUCCGUCCGUCUUUUACCAACCGUUGUACACGCGACGCUCCUGCUUUUCCACACCCCCCCCCCCUGGAAUUUUCCGAAAGACUUUUUGUCUUGGGCAGCAUCGGUGGCGGCGUCAGUCGCGGCGAUCUUCACGGUGAGAGGGUGAAAGCAGCACGCCCGGAGCCUAGUGGCCCCAAGCAGCCGCGGAACGAGCGUCGGUAUUGCGUUUACCCGCCCUUCCCACCCGUGUCCUCUGCGAGCGGCGCACACCAAAUCCAGCGCUGAUCGUCGCUGCAGAGCGAGUUGACGGCACCGUUACCCAACAGGGCUGUCUCGCCCGUUACCGCACGUUCCUCAGGGAUUCCGUUAGUGGAAGGGGGGGUGGGGGGUGGCUUGGAGAGAGCGGGGGUCAGGGUUGUUUAUAAUAAUUAGCAAUGUUUAGCGUUUGUUAUUGCCCCCCUCCACCGGUGAACUCUCGCGCAAUGCAAUAAGCGUCGAUGGCGCGCUACUGGGUUCAACUUUAAACCGCUCGACGGGUUUGUACGGCGGCCGCCAAUAUUUUUCCGCGCACGCGCAUCGUGCCGCGUUCGCCUGUGGACGCCAAAGCGAGCGAGGGAAUGCGCGUGUGCGUGACGGGCGCCGGUGCGUCCUCCCGAUGGCAUACCUCUGCGUGACGACGUCGCUGUCGUCACGUGCUUCCAAAAAACCCACGAAAGACCUCCUGCAUGCCAGGCGAGGAAGUUAACAUCUCGCGACCGUGGCGCCCCAGAUGGCGGUCACGGGUGUAGGGUGGGCGUGGGGAGGCCUUCCCCACCCCCCCCCCCCUCACCGGCAUAACGAGUUCUGAUCCCUUCACACGAUUCCUCUCUCUCCGUCCAUGUCCUCCGUCGAUUCCCCCGUCGGGUGACGGAGAGUUGUGCCCCGGGGAGGUUGCGGCCGAGUUUUCCAGCGUCCGCUCCCAGCAGCGUGUUGACGGGGGCUGGCGCCCAAGAACCCGCCGCCCGACUCUAAUAAAGCGUUUGCAGCGCUGAACGCGCUCGCUCACUUGCCAGUUGGAGGCGUCCGAUUUUGAGCUCCCGUCGGCUUCGCGGCAGUGCCGGGCGGAUGAAUAGACGCGGUUGUCCUUUUCCCCGCCGUAAAACAUAAAUUAGCUUUUGGUCGUUAAGCCUCCGGGCCUUCUGGUGGAGCAGUGCUCACCCCCCCCCCCACCCCACCGCCCGCGUAAACGACCAGGCACACCCUCGCGGCAGCGUCGUUGAACGGGGGCCGUACCCUGCCGGUGAGACUCAUAAAAUGUAAUGCGACGCUCCUUUUGCCCGAAAAUAAGCAAAUUGCUGAGCCUGCGUGGCCGGGUGCGCCGUCCGGCGUGUUCGUUACCCACAAUCCCUCCGCGUGUCCGGCGUCAACGUUGACGACGUCCACUUUAAAUGCCGGCUCCCUCUCGCGAGCGCGCGAGGAGGCACCGUGGCCAUUGUACAGCCCCCCCCGCUGGGGGUGCCGUUCCCGUUGGGGGUGGGGGGGGUUCCUUGCGUGACCGGCAAAGCGCGGACGAGUGUCGCAAUUGUUCUCCGUCCUUGGACUUAGGAUGGUGUAAGCACUUUGGCAGCGGCGUGUUUGGUGGAACUGGCGCGCGGUCCUUAACUGAAGGCGGGGGGAGGGACGUGGAUUUUGUUCGAGGGAUCGAGAGAAUCUCUCGCUUUUGCUCGCUUACAUUUUAUAAACUGGAGACGUUAGACAUUUCACGAGAUAAAGCCAAAGAACAAAGCGGACAAAACGCGUUUUUAUUGCUGCCCCUUGUUAUUGUCGCCAAUGUAGACGUUGAAGGUGGGGUGAGGCACAGGGAGACCCCACCCCCCCCCCAACACGCGAGAGGGUUGAGAGAGCUGUGUAUGUUGUGUGUGACGCUCUGUGUGUGUGUGUGUGUUGCGUGGCGCUCUGUGUGGCUCAUGUUGGCGUCUGGGGGGACGAGACGGCAUGUGGGGGACGGGGGGCGGGGACGGUCUCCUUUCGGAUCUUAAGAAAUUCGAUUUGUCGGUUGCGUACCGGACAUCCUUGAGCACAGCUGGGUGGUCGAAAUUUUGUCACUCGCCGGUAUCGAACUGCAGCAGCAUCUCAGGGAAGUGCCGUGCGUCGCCGCAUUGACGGACUGCGGCGCCGGCGGCGGCGGCGGAGGUGCCAGCGGUGCCCUCUUUCCCGUUCCCUUCCUCCUCCGCGGCUACAA